AACGAUCAUGCCACAUAGAACAUGCCUGUUUUCCUGAUGAAAUGCCUAGACAGGAAGAGAAGAAAAAUCUUCAUGCACCAGUGGCUGCUGCUUCGAUUUCAGAUACCUGGCAUCAUUGUGGUGAUGGAUUUCAAAUUUCAUCUUCAUUGGAGGCUAAAGAAUCUUUAAGAAAACCAGUUAGAGCUAAAAAGUCUUUUGCAUCAUUGCUUAGCUCAAGUGAAGAAAUCUCUCAAACUGAGAACCUUUGUGAAUUUACUGACAUUGUAUGGAGUGAAUUUUCAGAUGACGAAAAUGACAUUACAGCCUCAGAUUUUCUUUAUAUGAAAAUGAAGAAAUAUAGAAAGUAUGCUUUGAUCGCCAAGGAAGUGUGUAAUGAAGAACCUGAAUUCAUUGAAUGGAAGAAUGAUAGUGAUUAUGAGCAUGAUGAACAAUGUAGUGAAUCAGAAGGUAAUGAAGCUCCUUUGGAUAUAUUGGACACAGAUUCAUGCACAAACAGCACUUCCAAAGCCAAUGGAGAGAAGGAAGAUGAACCCUCAAAGAUUUCAGAAUAUUCAUCAGAUGAUGACAAUUUUGAAGGAAGCAAUGUAGAAACAGAAGCUACUAAUUUAGCAUUUCCUAAAAAGUUCCAGUUCUGUUUUGGAGUAGGGUUUGAAACAGACACAGGAAGAUCAGCCACUGACUGGCUAAAAUCUGCUCAGACCUUUCUACAAACUCCUAAGAAAAAAAUAGAAAAAAGUUUGAAGACUCCAGAAGAUUCUGCAAAAAAAAGAAAAUUGCUGAGGAGGGGGCUAGCAGAGAGAUUGAAUAGACUUCAAAAUAGAAAGAGAUCCGCAGUAAACUUUUGGAGGUAUCAAUAUACCUCUCACCAUGAUAUAGUUUCAG